AUGGAACCAAGAUCAAAAGAAACUACUCCUACAAAAGAGGAUUUGGAUUUUAUAGUUGAUGAUGGUUAUAGACAUGAUGUGGAUCCAGAUUAUGUUCCAAACGAAAAGUAUCUUGUUAGUGGAAAAGAGUUUAAAAAGUUAACACGAAAUGCUAAAAAACUUGGUGCUGAAUCGCUUGAUUAUUCAACACGAAAAAAUAAUAAAUACAUGGCCACUCUUUCAAGUGGAAAAAAAGUACAUUUUGGAUCGCCAAAAUAUCCAGACUAUCUUAUUCAUCAGGACAAAGAUAGACGAGAUAAAUAUCUUUCUAGAGCUACAAAGAUAAAAAAUAAACAGGGAGAGUUAACUUAUAAUAAUCCCGAAUCAUCAAACUUUUGGUCAAUUAAUUUACUUUGGCCUAAAAAGUAAUUUAAAAGAAAACAAAAAUAUAAUAAAAUGAGUUCAAAUGGUAAUGUUGAUUUAAAUAGUCUAUCCAAUGAUAUUGAUUUAAAUUAUAAAAAUAUUAUUAAUUUAGGUUGCGAAGAAGAUAUUAAUUUUAAAAAAGAACUUAUAAAAGUUUUAGAAGAAAUUUUAGAAAGAUUAUAUUCUAUAGAUGUCACAAUUGCAAAUAAAUAAUUGCUUAAAGAUUAAAUUAUUAUAAUAAAAGAUGCAGUUGUCCAGUUACGAAAAUAUUACUCAAGACAAUAUUAUCUUUAAUGAAGCCAAAGAAUUCAAAGUCAAAGAUAGCAAGAUCAAAUACAAACGUAUCCCAAUUGAAAUCAAUUAUCCAAAUGGAAAGAAAGGAGCUUUGGUAGUUGAAUCUCCAGUUCUUUUCUCUUUUGGAGUAAGUGAAAAGAAAAAUCAAGAAACAGGUAAGUUAGCUGGUUAUAGUAUACCAGUAUUUCUUUGGAGUAAAGAUAGUGCCCCAAAUCCUAAAGAACUAUCAUUUUUUGAAACCCUAAACACUGUUGUUUCAAUGUGUCAAAGUCAUUUAGAAAAUGAAUAUGGUGUAGAUUUAGCAUCAUCUCUGUCUUCACCAUUUUAUUACAAACAAAUAGAAUAUAUAGAUAAGAAAGGAAAGAAGAAAACAAAAGUUGAUGAAUCAUCCACACCAGUUCUCUACGCAAAACUUAUUUACUCUGAAAAAUCAAAGAAAAUAUUAUCUUUGUUUAAGGGAAAGGGAGGUGAGGAUUUAAAUCCUUUUAAAUAUAUCAAUCAGUUUUGCAAUGUUAAAUUGGCAUUGAUAAUUGAAGGAAUCUUUAUAAGUAAAACUGUUACAUCUUUACAAAUAAAAGUACAUGAGUGCUAUGUCAAACCACUAAAACCUAGAGAGACUUUACUAACAAUUGACGAGGAAGAGAGUGAAGGUGAAGAGAUAACUGAUCAAGUAGUUGACGACUUACUUUCAUCUGAUAAAGAAGAAAAUGAGUAG